AUGGCGUCAGCCGAGUUUUUAGAGCAAGCUUUGUCCACAGACGUUGACGAGAACGCAGUAAACGCGAUCGUAGGCUCACUCGAAAACCAAUUAGUUACGUCUGUUCCGUCCGUCUCUCUGCAUAAUAACAUUGUGAACGUGAUUCCAAAUCAGCUUUCUAACAUUACGUCCAGUGCAAGUUCUAUUAUUGGUGUACAAAAAUACAACACGGACCAAAGUAACAGUGGUGGAAUCGUGACAGGUCUCCAAUCAUCUGCUACAAACAGCAAUGCGCCCUAUACCAGUGUUUUAGCGUCCGCGCAGUCUACUUUUAUUCCACAGACACUUACGGGGCCCGUGUCAAAUACUGGUGAGCCGAUAAAAGUGCUAUAUUCGCAAUCUCAGAAUUUGCCAAUCUCGAACAAUCGUGUGACGUUCCCUAACCAAACUUUGGGUAACGGGUGUAUUGGACUAGCAGCGCCUCAAAAUCAAAUAAUCCAUACUGUACCAGGGAACACUGUGAUUUCCCAGCCUGUUAACAAAACUAUAACUAUGCAGAAUCCUUUAGUAAUAAAACAAGGCGCGACUACAGGCCAGGUGGGCAUGCAGCCUGGCAUGGUCACAGUGCCGAUGUCGGUUAAUUCCAGCAUGCCAGCAUCUAUACCCAAUGUAAUGACAUUGAACAAGCCAGGAGGGCAAAACGUCGUGGUUACUACACAAAACCUAGGCACGGCGCAGUCCGCGAUCCUGCCUAAUGUACAGAUACUGAAUAUGAGGCCAGGGGCUCCUGCAGUGGCUGCUCAGAAGUCAGUUGCAACAGUGUCCCCUCGGGUUGUGAUUGGUACUCCACAAGUGGUCGGUGCCAGACCUGCAGCGCCUGGAAUAACGCUGCAAACUCUACAAAGUCUACAACCAGGGCAGCAGGGUCAUUUGUUGUUAAAGACUGAGAAUGGUCAAUACCAGCUGCUGAGGGUGGGCCCCGCGCCCGCGGCCAACACCCUUACGGCGCCGCAGGCACAGACCAUCCGGCUCUCGACCGUGCCGGCACACCCUGGUGUUGCGACGGUAUCAACAAGUGUGCCUGCCCCCGGUCACAUACCGGGCCAAAUGCCCCCCGCGCCGGUGGCCACGCCUGUGGUGGCGUCAUCGCCUGUGGUAGGGCCGGCGACGCCGCCACCACAACCGCCCACUGUCACCACCCAAAAACCAUCUGACAAUACAAAGGAGAAAUGCAGAAACUUUUUGGCCAAUCUAUUGGAUCUAUCAAGUAAAGAGCCAAAAUCAGUGGAACAGAAUGUGAGGAAUCUCAUUCAAGAGUUAAUUGAUGCACAAGUAGAGCCAGAGGAAUUCUGCAACCGUUUGGAACGACUUCUUAAUGCAAGCCCACAACCGUGCCUUAUUGGUUUCCUAAAGAGGAGUCUGCCACUCCUAAGGCAGUCUCUUGUGACAAAGGAGCUGGUGAUCGAAGGUAUCAAUCCGCCCGCACCACAUGUAGCAUUCUCAAACAUACCGGCUCCUACGCAGCAGGUAAUCGCCACAUCGAAUGUUCAAAUGCUGAGCGACGAGGAGCGCUCGAGCCCGACGCUCACGCCCCUACUGCCGCCGGUGCUCCCCGUAUCGCUCACGUCCCCACUCGUGUCCACCUCAAAGCCCAUUAACGUCGUGUCUGCGCAGGCGGCCCCCGCGCAGCAGAAACCAAAGUCCAACAGCGGUAUUGCAGUACUACAAAAUGUACCGUUCCACACGAAGAUUAACGUCAGUAAAGUCAGUGCAAACAAGGCAAUGACGGUGAACAGUAAGACUAACUUCCCGAGACCCGCGGUGACCGCUCUCUCCACCGUCCUCACGCCGGGAAAGUCCCUCCUCAAGGAGAAAGAGAAGAGGUCUUCAAUGCAGUAUACGUCCCAGCCGUAUGUCGACGACAAGAUGGCCGGCGAUGACGACAUCAAUGACGUCGCUGCUAUGGGAGGGGUCAACUUGGCAGAGGAAACGCAACGAAUAUUGGGUUCCACUGAACUCAUCGGUACACAGAUCAGGUCUUGUAAAGACGAGUAUCUAGUGCCGACGAGUCAUAUGCAGGCGAGAGUGAAGGCUGCAGCAGCUAAGCACGGGUUGGAGGAACCGUCUACAGAAGUAGCGGGCCUCAUCAGCCACGCUGUCAAUGAGCGCCUAAAGAACCUCAUUGAAAAGCUAGCCGUCACAGCUCAGCAUAGAAUAGACGCUAUAAAGACUGACUCGCGGUACGAGAUCACGCAGGACGUGAAGGGCCAGUUGAAGUUCCUCGAGGAGCUGGAUCGUGUGGAUAAGAAACGGCGCGAGGACUCGGAACGCGAAAUAUUGCUGCGUGCUGCCAAGUCACGCUCCAAGAAUGAAGAUCCCGAGCAGGCCAAACUGAAAGCGAAGGCUAAGGAAAUGCAGCGCGCCGAGUUGGAAGAGCUGAGGCAGCGUGAAGCGAAUCUCACAGCGCUACUGGCAAUCGGGCCGCGCAAGAAGCCGCGACAGGAAGGCCCCAGCAGCUCUAGUGAAUCCGUGACCAAUGGCAGCGGUCAUGUCACGAGCGGUAUCACGGGGCGCAGUCAUUUGGCGCUGAGGACGCGGCUAAAGCGGAUCAACCAUCGCGACAUGGUUUUCCUGAUGGAACAAGAGCCGGAAACGGCGCACUCGACUAUGUUGUACCGCAGCUAUCUCAAGUGACCCUUCGUAUCCUCGUUCGCCGACGCCACCUAAGUGGUCUGGCGCGUCUCUGGGCUGCAGCGGGAACGAAACCUCACACAAUUUUGAAUUUAGUUUUUUUAAUUUUGUUAAGGACUAGACGAUUGGCAACUACUGAGUAUGCUCAUUAUCGCGCUGUUAAUGACUGUUCUAAAUUUGUAUUCAAAACAAUUAUGUAUACUCGUUUACAAAAUCCACCUCUGAUAUCAGUAUAUAGUUAGUAAGUAUAUGUCAUAGUAUAAUGAUACUAUUUAUUGUUAUAGAUGGUACAUGUGAAACAUCAAUCAUUUAUUCUCUGCACCAAUGGGAAUCGGUGUUAACGAAAAUUUUAUUUUCCAUUGACUAUGUUUUAAGUUGUUUUUUUACUUACAACAUUUUUUUAAAUUAUUGUUUGACCAAAGUUUUAAUAGAAAUCUAGAACAAGGCAACUGCUAAAACUAUAUAUUAAACAGUAUUGGUGACAAAUGCAGUUGUGAGCAGUUGCUGAAGUAAAAGAUACAUUUCUUAUUUUUAUUCCUUUAACAAUAAAAAAUACUAAAAUGUGUAAAAAUGACACAGUGAUAAAUGAAAUAUAAGUGAAAAUAAAUAAAUUUUAAAAUCUUAUCGACAUCUGAUAAAAUGGCGUUUUUAUAAAAACGUAUAUUUGUAAUAAAUAAACAUAGACUAAUUGUCCGAAAUUUACGUCGAGCAAGAAAUUGCUAAAAUUGUAAUGCUACUAUCUAGCGGUUUAGUACACCGCUUCACAUCCGAUGGUCGCGGGUUCGAUUCCUCGCAAGGUGCAAACAUUUGUACUCAUGAGUAUGAAUGUUUGUAUCGGUCUGGGUGUAAUCUAUAUAUAUUAUUAUGUAUCAUAUAAAAAAAAGUUUUAUAUCAGUUGUCUAGUACCCAUAACAAGUUCGAUUAGCCAGGGACUAGAUGGCGCUGCCUGAGUUCUCCAGGGUUAAUAUUAAAAAAAAAACAUGAACGAAUUGUAUCGUUUCAAACUUCAACCUUUGUAAUGAAAUAUAAUUUGUAAUGUAAAUACAUAAAUGCCGUUUUUACCAUUGUGAUAGAAUAGCAUAUCGACAAUAUUUAUUCUUUUGACUCUAACCAUUGGCUGCUGGUUUCCAACCAUAUAUAUAUAUAUAUAUA